AUGAGAGCUAGUUUCUCUGCUUCUGAUGUCCCUCUGAAUUCUCCUCACGGAGCUAAGGAGAGGCGCUUCUCUUCCACCAAGGAGCCCACUGACAGCGAAUUGACUUCGUCUGUCCACCGCCACUUUCGCAAUGCUCAUGAAGGACACAAACCUCACGCUGGUCUGGAUCCUUCGCGUGCAUCUACUGGAGUCGUCUGGACUACUGAGAGAGCCUACGAGCAUGGUUUCGCCGAACACCCAGAGAAAUGGGCCAAUCUCGGUCAAGGCGCGCCAGAAGUCGAUGAUGAAAUUGAGGGCUGUUUUGAAAGGCCGCACCAUAUCGAUGUCUCCAUGUCUGGCCGUGAAUACGGCCCCACUGCCGGUAUCAAGCCGCUGAGAGAGGCCGUGGCCAAUCUCUACAACAGCCAUCACCGUGUAGGCAAGGAGAGUCAAUACACUUGGGAGAAUGUCUGCAUCGUCCCUGGAGGCCGAGCCGGUCUCAUCAGAAUUGCCGCUGUCAUAGGCAAUGCUUAUCUUGGCUUCUUCAUUCCAGAUUACACCGCCUACAACGAGAUGCUGUCUCUGUUCCGUAACUUCAGCGCAAUUCCUAUUCCUCUCUCUCAACAAGACGGAUACCAUAUGCAUCCAGACAAAAUCGCCGAGGAGAUCGCUCGUGGUACGAGUGUUAUCCUGACAUCAAAUCCUCGCAAUCCUACAGGUCAAGUCCUGACAAAUCCUGAGCUUGCCCAGAUCCAAGACAUCUGCAGAGAUCGUGCAACACUGAUCAUGGAUGAGUUCUACGGCGGAUACAACUACACUAGCGACUGCGAUGGUACUGUUGUUUCUGCUGCCGACAACAUUGAAGACGUGGACGAAGAUGAUGUUCUGAUCAUCGAUGGUCUCACAAAGCGCUUCCGUCUUCCUGGUUGGAGAGUUGCCUGGAUUGUCGGACCCAAGGAGUUCAUCAAGGCCAUCGGAUCUUGUGGUUCUUACCUCGACGGAGGUACCAACGUACCUUUCCAGGAAGCUGCUAUCCCCAUGCUCGAGCCCACUAAAGUCAAGCACGAGAUGCGCGCCUUGCAACAUCACUUCCGCGAGAAGAGAGAUUACGUCAUUGACAGGCUGACUUCGAUGGGCUUCAAGAUCCCAUUGAUUCCCAACAGCACCUUCUACCUGUGGCUGGAUCUGUCUUCAUUGCCUGAGGGCGUCAACGAUGGCCUGAACUUCUUCGAGGCUUGUCUGAAAGAGAAGGUCAUUGUUGUCCCCGGUAUCUUCUUCGACCUCAAUCCCAGCAAGAGAAGAGAUCUGUUCGACUCUCCUUGCCACAAGCACGUCAGAUUGAGCUACGGCCCCCGAAUGGACGUGUUGAAGAUGGGUCUCGAUGCUAUCGAGAGAGUUGUUAAGAAGUAA